AUGUCCUGGUUACGGAAAAUUGGCAGGAGUCUCAGUGACUGGCUGUGCUCCACCACGGUCAGACAGGAUAAUCCGGGUGCAAAGCGCAUCUCGAUGCUUGCUCAGGGCAGGCGCACGCCUUUUCGUCCCAUUAGCGAUCUCGGGCCACACUACUUGAGUCUUUGCUCAGAUCUAUAUGAAAUCCACCGUGAAGAACAGGAGACGGAAGAGCUUAUCAAGUCAUAUAGAGGAACGGCAAGAACCAAUCAAUACUGGUUGGACGUAGCCAUGUGCGACGAACAACGGAUACAACAUGACCAGAGAGCUGAUUUCACGAGCGAGGUGGAACGGAUCCAUGAUGCGCGAGAAUCAGCCGGAAGUACUGCGGCCGAAUACCGUGGUUUGCUCGCGGUGAAGAUUGCCGCGAAGACAGAAUUGGACCGAAAGUCAACGGACACAUGGGAUGAGUUUUGGAGACAUGGUCAAGAGUAUCUCAACCGGUGUCUUGAAGUCUUGUUCACAGAGGAAUGGUGUCUCAGCCACGGGGAUUGCGUCGCCAUCCGCACUGCACUAGACACUUACAAUCUACUCAAGAGGCGUCGGCAAGAGCUUCGCGAACUAAAGCUUGAACGUGCUUGGACUCGACAUCAAUCAGGUGGACACGAUCUUGACGAUCGGAUACGGCACUUACAAAUUCUCGUUGAGCUCACGGAAGAUAAGCAGAGAGAGUUCCACGAGGAGAUUGUGAGCGAAUACUUCGAGCCCAUGUUGAGAUCAGCGGGCAAGCUUGAUCACUGGACAGUACCUGAGAGAUCCGAAAGUCGACGGCAGAGCAGCGAGACUACGAGCCAUGUUGAUACUUUAAGCCUGCCUCGAUCGCCUGAUGUUCAACACGAUUUCCAGACACUUGAUUCACAGUUCUAUCCACCAGAAAGUAACAGCCAGCAAUCGCCCGAUUCAUCAGGCGGUCGAGCCGAGCUGCACCUGAAUUACGAACGAGCACUCGACCGCCUCUUGGGAGUCCAGAACGCGCUGUACGCAUAUGCAGAGAAAUGGCAAACGGCCGAGCUGAGUCACCUGCAAGCAUUUCCCAGGUCUUCGAAGAUGCGCUACAGUCAGCUUCGGGAUUUCGACACCAAAGGACUCAAGGAGGACAUGCAGGCUGCAGAAGAAGAAUUGCAGGUUGCGGUGGACUCCCUCACUGAGCACGGUUUUCGUGUCCCUUCCACGCGCUCACUAUCGAGCUCUCAGCGGUCGCAACGUUCCUCGGAUCGUGAGCACGCUCGAAGUAGUGGAUCUUUUAACUCUUCUGUUCGAAGUGGAAAAUUGACGUACGCGGAGCGACGCAGACUCGGACGUAUAAAUCGGUGGCGCUCAUUGUCAAGACCCGAUGACUUAGCACUUUCGCCGGCAACACCACCGACAGCACAGACAGAGGUCACGAAUGGAGCAGAUGGCCCUUCUCCACCGCCGAGCACACCAACGACACCAAGCUCAGGGAGGAAAAGGAAGCUGCGUGAAUAUAGUGAGAUGCAAGAAGAGCUAAGGGAUAAGGCAGACAAGAUUGCCAGAGUCGCAACGACCGUUGCAGGUGGAAGUGAUUCGUUGCGAAGUGGCAGGACACGAGAGUCGUAA